AUGGAUCAAUAUGGGACACUUCACUAUGAGGCGUCCCCUUCAAUCGUCCAUUAUCGCGACACUAUCCUUUCCCCUCAAGUCACCGCGGAAUUCCUGAAAGCGGUGGCGAACUCCACUGAAGUUGGCCUGCGAAGGUCCUCCCUGGAAUUCGCUUCCACCCAGCUAUUUCCUGAUCACCUCGGGAACUAUGACUCUCACGAUUCUCGGUUUCCGAAAGGAAUACAGGCCGAGGGACACGAUGUGCCUACAACAUAUGGAUAUCAUUCACAGCCUCACCUAUGGCCAGGCCAUGAUAUAGCUACCCCCGCCAUCUUGAAAGAUAAAGUGCUUCACAAGAAGAGAUCUUGUUUGCAGAAGCACGGCCUGGAGCUCCAAGAAGCAAUGUUAUCCAUCAAAGAUACGAAAUUUCUCCGCCGAUACUACGAAAAGGUCUUCCACAAUAUACAGCAAACUAAUUGCCGAGUCCUGGCAAAAGCCUAUGUGAAAUGUGUUGAGCCCCACAAGCAAGUCAAUUACCCUUAUAAUGGGCGGAAGACCGUGGCGGGGGAAAUACGACAAUUAAGUUCCGAGCAGAGUAAGCCACCAUGGUGGCCUCCUCAAGUGCGCCAUCGGGAACCCGAUCAUCUACUCAAAGCAGAACGCAUCGCGCUUCUUCUCCAUAUUCUUUGUGAUUUGCGCUGCAGUCACGGCGUCACAUCACAAAAACUGAAAGAUGCAGAGCAAUCUGUUCGGUCGCAUAUUAUCCCGGUUGAACGUUUAGAACUCCUAGAUGAGUUGUAUCGUGUUAGAGGAGAAGAGGAAAAGCUUUUGAUGGGGCUUCUUGGUAAGGGCUUGCAACCACCCAUUCUUCACAAGCUAAUGAAGUACAUCUAG